GCUUCCUCCCAACACCCGACGCCUCCCAUAAAUUUCUCCCUCCCACGGCCACCGCCGCCGACGACGACGACGAGAGGAGGAGAGGGGGAACAAGCGAGGGGAUCGGGUGUUUGUUCGGGGAUCGGCGGGGGGCCAUGGAUUUCGAGCUGCGCAAGGCGCGGGAGAAGCUGGAGCGCGAGCAGCGGGAGCGCGUGCAGCGCGCCAAGGCCAAGGCCGACCGCGAGCGCCGCGCCAGGGCCGAGGCCGCGCGCUGCCGCGACGCGCUCGAGGCGUCCCACCGCGAGCGCCGCCUCGACGCCGCCCGCGCGCAGGAAGAGGCUCAGCAAAAGAUGGAAGAGGUGAUACAAAUUGGAAAGGGGGUUUCAUUCUCACAUAUGUUUGAAGCGCUGCGAUAUGAAGGUCCUGGGGAUAAGAUCAAGUUGCCACCAUCGUCAUUUAAGGAAUUAUCUGAUGAAGGAGCACUGGACAAAGGUCCCAUGUACUUCAGGUUGUCAAAGGUUAGCAACAGAGUUCCGGGUGCUACUCAAGAUCAAGACGCCAAUGAGGCAACCUGUUGCGGUGUUCUUGAAUUCACUGCAAGGGAAGGCUCUGCAGAACUCACACCACAUGUGUGGAACAAUCUGUUCCAGGGUGAUAGCCCAGAUGUUCCUCUGAUUGUGGUUAGGUAUGUCAGUUUACCCAAAGGGACAUAUGCAAAGCUGAAGCCUGAAGGAGUGGGAUUCUCAGAUCUUCCUAACCAUAGAGCUGUCCUUGAAACAGCACUCCGCAAUCAUGCAACGCUAUCUGAAAAUGAUUUUGUUGUGGUCAAUUAUGGGCAACUGCAGUACAAGUUAAAGGUUCUUGAGUUGAGGCCUGCAUCAAGUGUUUCUGUCCUGGAGACGGAUGUGGAAGUUGAUAUCGAAGGACCAGAUUCAGUUUUGGACAAUGUAGACAAUCAGCAUGUGCUUGUGCCACUUGAGACUGGGAAGGUUGAAUCUGGAGGUGUGGAAGAAGGGAAGUUUAGGUAUUACAAAUUUCUCGUAGAUGAAGUUAUGGGUGAGAAGGUAGCCUCUGGGCUUGCAAAUAUUGAGGUUAAGAUAGAGACUGAUACAAGUGGUGGGGACACUGAUAUUUAUGUAUCAAGGCAUCCUUUAGUAUUCCCAACUCAGCACCGUCAUGAAUGGUCUUCUCAUGAAAUGGGAUCUAAGGUCCUCGUACUGAGACCAAGGGAUGCUAGUCUUGUCAGUGGUACCUACAGUAUUGGAGUUUAUGGUUUCAAGGGAACCACUAAAUACCAACUUUCUGUAACUAUUAGAGAUGUGCUUAAUAGCCAAAGGAUUGGUGAUCAGGCUAGUGCCUCAUCUAGUGUUGAUGUUGAUUCAGUGGUGUGUAAUAACUGCAAACGCUAUAUAUCCAGCCGAACUUCACUACUUCAUGAAGCAUACUGUGUGAGACACAAUGUUGUUUGCACACAUCAUGGGUGUGGUGUUGUUCUUCGAAAGGAGGAAGCAGUAGAUCACGUGCAUUGCGACAAGUGUGGCCAAGCUUUCCAGCAGAGAGAAAUGGAGAAGCACAUGAAAGUAUUCCAUGAGCCACUACAAUGCCCCUGUGGGGUGGUUCUAGAAAAGGAAGAUAUGGUUCAGCACCAAUCCUCAGCCUGCCCUUUGCGCUUGAUAGUGUGCCGUUUUUGUGGCGAUACUGUUCAAGCUGGUGGAGAACCACUGGAUGCUCGGGAUCGGCUUCGCGACAUGUGUGAGCAUGAGAGUAUCUGUGGAUCCAGGACUGCACCAUGUGAUUCGUGUGGACGGUCGGUCAUGCUGAAGGAUAUGGACAUUCAUGUAAUUGCUGUGCACCAGAAGAGCUAACCAUUGUAAAGCAUUGGCUCUGAGCAGGAUGACAUGUGCUUUAGCCUGCUGGGCUUCGAUGACGAAGGCUAUGAAGUUUGAGGAAAGUUUCAGCGCUGCUGGACCAGAUAUUAUUGUCCUUCAAUACAUAUAUCCUGUCAUUGAUUAAAUUUACCAUUGUGUUGUGUUGCGAUGGAACAAUGGAACGCGGUGGUGGUGUUCAUUAUCUGUUUGUCUUCCAGUCUUCCUUCUGUAUACAAAUCAUCUAUUCCGGAGCUUUAUCAUAUUCAGGAGCCUUAUUGGAAACGUCCAUUUCCGUGCCUUUUUG